AUGGCGGGGAACAACAGAGGUCGAUCAAAAGGCUGCAAGACGUGUCUGAGACGCCACGUAAAGUGUGACCAGAUUCGACCAACCUGUCUGCGAUGCUCCAAAGGCAAAUUUGAAUGUCUAGGUUACCGGGAAACCCUCUUCAUCGAUGGUCGGGAGCAAGUGCUACGACGACUAAACUCUACACAAAACUUGUACUUGCAGAAGACCACCUCGGGCAGCCUGGAAUAUGCUCAGGAUUAUCAGACAUCCUUACAUUUCUCAAAUGAUGAUGAAAUUCACGAUGCCGGUGUAUCUCAACCCCAGGUCCCUCUUUCACUUUCUCCAAUGCGAGAAGCCUAUUUCGUCUCUUAUCUUAUUGCAAACGAUGAGGGACCAAUGAAAGUAUUCUUCCGCGACCUGCUGUUGACGAGCCAUCAAGACCCUCUGCAGAAAUCCGUCAAGGAACAAUGUUCACUAGCUUUUGCCACAACUUUCUUCGGGGUUGGACAUGCACAGAGAUCUCUCAUUGAUGAGGGCCGGCGGCUAUAUCUGCAGGCACUGGGGGCAGUGAACGCAAUAUUACGUGACCCCACCCGUAGCAGAAGUAUAGAGGCUCUUGGUUCUGUCGUCACACUAUGUCUCUAUGAACUUUUUGCGAUGCAAGGACCCGUAUCAGUGAAGAGCAACCCAAGUUCUAGUGCGCUACUUGAUGUUACCCGGCCAACGAUGAUCGUCGCCGCUCUAUACGCUCGCCGGCCAUCAUUAAUGUCACGACCGGAAUGGAGCGCGGUUACUAUGCACAAUCCUACCGAAGAAGGGCUCGGUCACCUUAUAUCAGGUCUUGAUUAUCUCAUGGACGCUCUAGCGCAAAUAUCCGUGCUGUACCAUGUGCGCGACAAGUUUGUAGAAGGCGAAGCUACAACAGAUUCUGGCGGCGCAAACGCUCACCUUGAGUCUAUUCAAGCUCUUCUUGAUCGCGCACUAAGUAUUCGAGAGGACGUAUCUACUCAAAGGAACAGGUGGACAGCCGCUCGUCAGGACUCGGAAUCCCUCACGAUUCCUUGCGGUGCCGUUCCCUCAACACAGCCACACCCUUGCUCAGUCGUUACGCAAUUCUCCUCACUUGAGGCAGCAAAUGCGUCCACUUUCUACAACGCUGUCUUGAUCAUGAUCAACCAGUUCAUUGUUUCCGUCCAUGCGCUACUGCCACUGCACGAUGCUCAGGCCACUGCACUGACAUUAUCAUCUGAGCAGAUUUCUGUUGCCGUGACGGAUAUACUGAUGAGUAUUGACUACCAUCUCCCAUUUACUGAUCCCGCUGUUGCGUCUGCUUCAGGUACAUCAGGACCUCGUAACAUUUAUCUGCUCUUGCCGUUGCGCAUUGCGCACAGAGCUCUGUCUCAAUCAGAGUCACCGGAGGAUGUUUCCAGACGGCUGUGGCUCGAGGAUGUCAUGUCAGUCAUCCGUAGCAGGGCUAUGCCGUGGAUGUCGAAUGAGCAGAUAUUUGGCGCUAGGUAG